CGACACGUCUUCUACCUCUGGCACCACUGGAGACGGGACCACGACCACCACAAUGGCCAGGGCUGUGGCAGGGAGUCUCCCCAGCUGAACCACACCGACGCUGGACUGAGCAGCCACCCUCACACAGCCUCCCCUAGAGGAGUGGGUCUAGACAGGGUGGAGAGCAGGAACGGACAGGCUCAGGAGGGUCAGGAUGCCAUGGAGGUGGACGGGGUCGGGGUCCAGGACCCCCGCGACACCAAGCGUCUGAAGAGGGGUCCCCCUGGCCCCUGCCCCCCCGCCCUGCCCUCAGAGCACGUUUUCGUAGCCAGCGUCCUGGAAGACUGCCGCUCCCCCGAGCAGGGAUGCUUCGCCCUUGCAUACAGGAAGUGGCUAGACUCUGUGAUUGGUCAGUGAGAGAUUGACGGACAAGAUCAUUGGUCAGUGAGAGGAGACACUUCCUACACCACUGGAGAUGGGUUACAGUUUAAAGUUGCCCACUGGCACAGAUCUAGGAUCAGCUUACUCUCACCCAACCCCUAACCUUAACCAUUAGGGCAAGAACUGCAAAAUACUGUCCCUAGAUCAGUGUCUAGUGGCUGGUAACAUUAUGCUAGUCUUGAAGGCUUGGGAAGGGGGCUGGGGGAUCUCUGAUAGGUCAAGUUGUUUGUGGCCCCUCCCACCCUCCCGUCUUCCUGGAAAUGCCUGUACUCUGAUUCGUCGGCAGAGCUUUGUCUGAGCCAAUCCCCCUUCAGAAUGGAAAUCUGAGUGCGGCUCUGCUCUAAGUCGUUCCACCUCAAAAAGCACAAGAAAGAGGACCACCAGAUUGUUCUGAAAUUGUUUCUGUAGUAGUAAGAGGAGAUAGGAUUAGCAUUCCUGUAACAUUAUUUUGUUGAAAUAUAAUUUGAUCUCUGAGAUAUUAAGCUAAUUGAUUGCAUCCAAAUUGACCAUUUUAAUUUAUAGGAUUCAGAUAAUAGUCAGCAAAUAUAGUACCCAACAUCCGAUUUGGACCAAACAUCUUCCUACCAAUGCGUCCCCAGAAAAUUGUCAAAGGCCCACGGACCCCCUACACCCCAUGCCAAUCCCACCCCAACAACCAGUAUACAGUAUCAGUUCUCUAUGUUUGACAAGUAGUAUGAAGCUGUGGCUUGGAGUAUUGCUUCUCCAUACUAUGUAAUAUAUUCGCUGCGCAUCUGGUAAUGUUCCCCCCCCCCCCCCCCGUUCAGAGAAAUUAGUAAUUCAAGUCGCUUGCAUUAUUUACAUUAGACGGGUUGGUUGUUUAGCAACAAAAGUGACGCGUGCCCAACUAUGGGGAUAAACAGACGGGGUUGGCUUAGAUUGUUGACAACAUGUAAACUAUGUUUGUCUCCAAAUGUUUGUUGAACACAUAAAUACAUUUGCACAAUGAGCACCUGUUGACUCUCAAAUACAUUGUUACAGUUGUUAGAUAGCUAGCUUGCGAAUUUGAGCCAUAUUAGCAUUGACAUGAAAUAAGUCAAAACACCUCAAAACAAGACAUGGUCUCAAGAACAAAAUAUAACUAGCUGAAAUGAGACACCUACGAUUCCCCACGUGGCAGUUUCUUGUCAUUGUUGCUAGUUAUCUCACCGUUUCAGAAUCAUUGCAAAGCAUGGCUUCCGGCCACAACGAUGCGUUAUCAGCCAACCAGUCUAUAAAGUAGUGUGAAAGUAACUGGUUUUUACCACUAAAUGCCGCUGUUGCUGCUAUACCGCCACUCUUUUAUCAAUUUUGCUGGUCUCUUAUGUAUAUUAAAUACAUCACUACAUUGGGUAGAAACCAAUAGAUUUGUCUCAUUAUGAAAAUAAAUGGUGUGGUCAUCCUCACAAUUCAAGCCAAUCCUUCAUGAAAGCAAUUCAGUUUGUCCUAAUAGCAACUUAAUGCUGAAAACCAACUCUCCUUGAAUAGUCUAACAAGUGGCUGCUCUCUGAGAGGGCUAUCCCAAUGCAAUUCUCAUAUGAAGACUUUUCCUACAAGCCCAAAUCUUGAUGGAGAAAUUGACUAGGGACUAAAAUGUUGUGACAGCCCUAAUAAAGUAAUUAAUUGCAUGGCAGUCUUAUGUGUUUCAAUAAAAUGAUCAGGAAACAGCUCUAUAUGUAUUGUGAUUAGUGACAUUUACCAUUAAACCCAACGCAACCCAAUACCAUUACAAUUGCAAAGAACUAUACAGUGUGUGUUUGGGACUUUUACCAUUGAAGACCAUUAGAGAGCAUAACAUUGAAACCAUUAGAACAGCUGUAGCCUAAUGGUUUGCUUGUUCACCAGGAAUGGUCUAACAGUAACUAAUCCAGACCUUUUUUGAAGGGAAUAAACCACAAACAAAGGGGCAAUUUCCUGGACACAGAUUAAGCGUAAAAGGAGGAGGACUGGCUUGAAUUGUGAGGAUGAUCACACAAUUUAUUUAAUCAUGAGACAAAUAUAUUGGAUUUCUACCCAAAGUUGCAAAGAAAAUGUUGUGAUUAUAAUAAACACAAGAGACCAGCAAAAUGCAUGAGUGUGGCAGUAUAGCAGGAACAGUGGCAUCUAGUGGUCAACACCUAGUACGUUCACACUACUUUAUGGUAAUAAUGCAAACGACUUCUAUACUAUCAGGGGGGAAAAAACAUCACCAGUUUCAUAGGGAAUACAUUACAUAGUGUGGAAAUAUUCAAAGCCGCAGCUUCAUACUACUUGUCAAACAUGGAGAACUGAUACUGAAUACUGGUUGUUGGGGUGGGAUUGGUGUGGGGGGUGCGUGGGUGGCUUUUUCAUUUGGGGGGGGGGGGAUUCCUCAUGUCUUACUCAUUGGUAGGAAGAAGUUUGGUCCACAUCGGAUGUUGGGUAAUAUAUUUAUUGAAUACUUUCUGAAUUUGGGUGCAAUUAAUUAGCCUAAUUUCUCCAAGAUAAAAUAAAAUGUUAACAAAAGAAUGUUUCAGAAAUACCUAUCUUACCUGUUUCUUACUACAGAAACAUUUGAGAACAAUCUGAGAUGGUGGGUGUCAUAGCUUGCUGAAAUAACAUGGAACGACUUCUCUGGAAGAGUAUGGCUCGUAUGGUCUGUUAGUAGCUUAGUUCAGGUACCUCAAUACCUCAGGUCUCUCUCAAUGUUAGGGACUAGAACAACAAUUCUGUCAACCUAUUCUGUCUAUCGUUUUAGUUUUUUCACUUAAGAGAUUCAUUCAUCCUGUUUGUUUCGUUUGUCUUCCACUAACUAAAUGUAUUGUAGCAGAAUAGGUUAAGUGAAGCUCCCAUGGUUACAGGAGGCUAUUCAUCACAAAUGUUGUUGUUAUCAAGUAAACUCUGCAGAAUUAAACUACUGACUAUAGUGAGAUGAGCAGUGCAGCAAAUAAUUAAUUGUCAACAUACAAAAACAAAGAACAAAAAACUAGGGAAGCCAUUAUAUGCCGAUACCGAUAUAUCGUGCAUCCCUACGGACAACUAAACAACAUUUAGACUGAGCACAACCAUGAACCAAUGAAACUCAUGUUUUAGCUCUCAGAGAAAUUAAAGUAUUUCGCAUGGAGAGAGGAAAGCAAAUCAAAUCUAGCUGAGAGAAUCAGUUCUAGUUGAUCCAGGUUUCUUCAUACCUGGCUGUGAAAAAUCGCUAUUUAUCAACUACCAGGCAUACCAGGCAUGGUCUGAGUCACUUCAAUUAUAGAGAUGUGCUCGAUUGUAAAGAAAUGACUGCAAGCACAUUCUACAAAUUCAAAUGUCCUCAGAAGGUUCUCCUGAAGUACCUAGCCCUCGAGUCUAUCAAUGAGAACGAUUACAGCACUGUAUGUAAGCACAGCUGGUAAGUAGGCUGUGUCACUGCUUUCCUUUUUCUUCAAGAACUUGGCGCUAGCCUUGUCCAAGAUCUGUUUGUGCUUUUGCCUACCACAUUGUCAUUGUCAAGCAUAACAUUUUGCAUGACAAUUCCAUAAGGUGUUGACAAGCCGGCAGAAACAGACUGGCACCAAGGCUAACUUGGCACCACAACCUCUAUUUCCAUUCUGAGGGGGAACUAGUAUCAGUAUCAGACUUGUGAACCUUGUAGGUUUUAUAAUCCCCCCCUGAUCUGAUCAUCACACUGGUUGCAUCCCAAAUGACACCCUAUUCCCUUUAUAGCACACUAUUACCCAUAGGGCUCUGGUCAAAAGUAGUGCACUAUAUAGGGAAUAGGGUGCCAUUUGCGACACACACAUCGACUCUCCUCUGAGACUCUCCUGGAGUGGUUGUUGCUGCUAUAUAUUUUUUCUCUGUUCUGUUUGUUUUGUCCUCUUAGUGGUACUUACUCUUAGUGAUACCUGGGCUUGUAUUCACAAAGUUUCUCAGUGGAGCACAGGUGGGAGGAAGUUCAGGUGGGUCCGUUACCAUUGAGAGGGCAGAUACGCGUGUGAACAACAGGCAUAAAUCCAAUAUAACGUUUUUUUCAAAGUUGUGAAAUGCCACUUGCGUCCACGUAUAUCAGUGCAUUUGUAACAACCUAACCAUUUCGAAAACUAAUAUUCGAUCAAUUAAGCUUCAAGUAGCAAAUUAGCAAUUCAAUGUUUUGUUGACCAAAUUCGACACUCUCAUUGAUCUCCAUACAAAAUGUCCUCACUUCGUGGUCUUAUUUUCGUGGACAGAUUUUGGGUGGAGUAAACCCUCUCUCUUCGCUUCUUCCUCUGCCACUGUAGACUAUACAGCGGUAACUUGCCACUACGGCCGCCCAGAUUGGCUCGCUUGUGGGCGUGCAGGCAGCAUAUAGCAGCAUGUUCGGUUGUGCGUCAAGAAUUGAGCAUAGCAAAUUUGUAUGAAGGUUAAAUGGGUAAAUAGUUUAAUCCAUUCUCCGUUUCAUGUAUUUAUUCACAGGUAAAUAGUAAUUGAAGCUUGCUCUCUAAAAACUUCCAAACGAUCAAAACCAUUCAUUUUGAGACGGGGGUGAAAUCCAAAGUUGUGCUAUAUAUUCAUAAAUAUUGAUACAUUACUAGCUCAAACACUUUUAAUUUGGAAAAAUGACAAGUGGGUGAUGGUGAUUUAAAAUCUUUAAAAGUGUUGGGAGAAAAAAAGCAUACAUUGUCCCCCCCCCCCCCCGUAAUCUGAUAGUGAGGCAGUACAAUGAGUCACAUUGUAAAGUGGUGGGUGACGCGCUGAUAUCCUGUUGCCUGCACUUGAAUAGUGAAUGGGAGGCACGCUUCAAUUACCAGUUGAGAAAUAAAAAUAGUAGCUAUUUUAAUUGUGCACAAAACUGUUUUUAACACACGAUUGCAUUUAGAAUUGUUGCACAAGGAAUGGGCUUAUAAAGCAUUCUUUUCUUUUCCCGCUCAAAAUAUGCUGACUAAUGAAAAUACACACAAUUUAAUUCCACUAAAUUAUGAAAAUUAACCUAUAGACCCAUAAGCAUGACGGUCAAAUGUAUCGACUAAUAUUUCCAUCAAUUAGUUAUUUUGCUAUGGGAUUUUCUUCUCCCGGCGGGAUCCGUUUUCUAUAUCGGCAUUUAUCAGCCAAUUGCCGGCUAACAGAAACCCUGACACACACACACAGACAGAGAAGGCAGCUAAGACUGAUCCAGCUCAGAGAGGCCCAGCUCAUGCGCUCCAUCGGCAGCCGAUUUUAAUUUAGAAUGGAAAAUGAAUGUUUAUGCAACAAAUGUUAGAGCAUCUUAUCGCACUGAAUCUUUUCAAACUAAAACGUUCCGUUCCUGUAUCGUAUCCGAGCCCAUGUAUCUAGAUAAAUAUAGAAUUGAAAUUGAAAGGGAAAGAUGCACAUCCCUACUCUUUAUGACUACAGGCCCUGGUUGAUGGGCCCGCAUUAUUGCUCAACAAUAGUCCCACAUCUGUUUGUUCUCUUGUCUACUCCAUCGCUGUCCUUGUCAAUCCAAACAAUGUUUUUGUUUGGCAUGACAAUGAGUGACAAGGAGUCAACAUGACAGCACAACUAUAUAUACACCUUUCUCAUCAGAUGGGUAGGGCUGCAUAUUAAGCCCAUAACAGUGCUGUUGGCUAUUUAGACGUAGCAGUCUUGAUUGCCUGGGAUAUCUAAUAGUAAACAAAUUAUUACUACCAACCAUAUUUAUAUCUAGUCAUUCAAGUCAUUUUUGGUUAUCUAUAUACAAAAGUAUGUGGACACUCCUUCAAAUUAGUGGAUUCUGUUAUUUGAGCUUCACCCGUUGUUGACAGGUGUAUAAAAUUGAGCACACCGCCAUGCAACCUCCAUAGACAAACAUUAGCAGUAGAAUGGCCUUACUGAAGAGCUCAGUGACAUUCAACGUGGCACAGUCAUAGGAUGCCACCUUUCCAACAAGUCAGUUCGUCAACUUUCUGCCCUGCUAGAGCUGCCCCGGUCAACUGUAAGUGCUGUUAUUGUGAAGUGGAAAUGUCUAGGAGCAACAACGGCUCAGCCGCGAAGUGGUAGGCCAUAUAAGCUCACAGAACGGGACCGCAGAGUGCUGAAGCGCGUAGCACGUAAAAAUCAUCUGUCCUCGGUUGCAACACUCACUACAGAGUUCCAAACUGCCUCUGUGAGCAACGUCAGCACAAUAACUGUUUGUCGGGAGCUUCAUGAAAUGGGUUUCCAUGGCCGAGCAGCCGCACACAAGCCUAAGAUCGCCAUGUGCAAUGCCAAGUGUCGGGUGGAGUUGUGUAAAGCCAUUGGACUCUGGAGCAGUGGAAACUCAUUCUCUGGAGUGAUGAAUCACGCCUCACCAUCUGGCAGUCCGAUGGAUUAAUCUUGGUUUGGCGGAUGCCAGGAGAACACUACCUGCCCGAAUGCAUAGUGCCAACUGUAAAAUGGAAGGCCUUCCCAGAAGAGUGGAGGCUGUUAUAGCAGCAAAAGCGGGGACCAACUCAAUAUUAAUGCCUAUGAUUUUGGAAUGAGUUAUUCGACGAGCAGGUGUCCACAUAUUUUUGGUCAUGUAGUGUAUGUAACCGGCAGUAACAGGCCUGAAUGCCUCUCAUUCAACACUACAUUCAAAAUGGCCGCUUUUCUUUGGGCCCAACAGAAUCAAGGGCGAGGCAACUGCUCUCAUUCUGUGUUUUUAAUGUUUCAGUGUUUCUUCUUCCCUAGAGAGUAACUUGGCUCCCACUAAGUUGACAGCUUUUCAGUCCAGAGGGGUAUACUACACAGUAGGAUCAAUGAGUUAGCCAGCUAACUUCAAUAAACAACCCAAAAUAACUAUUGAUUUUCUGGUCCAUUAAGAAAGCUAAACAUAGAUAUGUGUUGCUGUUGACUAAUUUAGACCAUGCAUGUUUCAAACUUAUCUUUGUAAAAAUUUAAAAUAAAAAAUAGUUUGGCAAGUUAGCUGGCUAACUCAUUGAUCCUGCUUUGUUGAAUACCCCUCGUAUCUCACAGACCCACCUGAUCUGGGUAUUAUAGGCGUAUGAUUUAAAGCUGGUUGUCAUUAGGAGUCAGUGAAAGCAUUGUGUAGGAAGAGUUUAUUUUAUGCUUACAGCACUGUCUCCAUAGAAAUAGGAUUCAUGGAUAGAAUUAAUUAUAUUUAUAUAACUGUCUCUCAGUUCAACACAUAAAGGGAUCGUUUGGGAUUUUGACAAUGAAGCCCUUCAUCUACUUCCUCGGAGUCAGACGUACUUGUGGAUACCAUUUUUAUGUCUAGGCGUCCAGUAUGAAGGAAGUUAGGGGUAGUUUCAUGAGACAAUGCUAACUAACGUUUGCGCAAUGACUGGAAGUCUACAGGAACGGCUAGCACUGCUGACGGUAGUUAGCAACUUCCUUCAAACUGAACGCAGAGACAAAAAAAUUGUAUCCACGAGUUCAAAUGACUGGGGAAGUAGACAUUGCCAAAAUACUGAACUAUCCCUUUAAAGGAUUAUACACAUUAAGAGAUGUUUUUGUUUUUGAUCCAUUCUCUGCUGGUUCUUCUCAACCUACAGUAUAUACUUGAGGUAUUCAAUCAAACACUGAGCUAGGGCUCCUGUUAUAAGUAUUGUAAUCAGAUAAUAGGUCACUCUAGGGUUAACUAUGGUAAAUACGGUAUAAAGACUAUCUUUUGGCAGUGUUACAAUGAUACUUGUUACAUUAUCUCUAGGUUAAUCAUCUAAGUUUGUGUUUUAUAAGCAUGACAUCACAUUCCCUAACCUGUAUAUUCACAGAACAUAUCUAUAGACUGACACAUACUCACACGGUACAUAUUUAGGUAGGGUUACAUUUUGUAAGAAAGGGCCCCUGUUCUGUACCUUUUGUAAAUGUAAUUUGUUCAGUUGCACAAACCACUAUAAGCUUUUAUAGGGGAGCAGCUCUGAUGAACGUUGGGCUCCUUCUGUAUGAUUUUCUUAAAGGUGCCAUCUGGGAUAUUUGUAGCCGUUUUUGUAAUUAACAUUUCCCAGCCCCAUCUCAGUUUAAUGGGAUAGUUCACACAAAUUACUAAAUGAAACAUUGGUUUCCUUACCCUGUAAGCAGUCUAUGGACAAGGUAUGACAGCAGUCCAUGCUUUGAUUUAGUUUCCCUGGAACUGUUUCCACAUGCUAACAUUUUAACAUUUGUGGCACAAAUCCCAUUCAAGUCAUUGGACCGAUAUUAAAGUUUUUCGCACAUCAUGUCUAAAUCAUCUGAAAGUAUCUCAAAUUGAUUGUGAAGCUCAACAAAGUCACUUAUAGUUGAUUUGAACAUGAUGCGUGAAAAAAUUAUAAUAUUGGUCAUUUUGUAAUUUGGGUGAACUAUACCUUUAUGUGGCAGGGCUGAAUUAGGCUGAAACACAAGUCUAAGAUUGUUGCUUUAAAUUAAUAGUUCACCUUUCUGUGUUCUCCUCUUACAUUGAAAAGUCACCACCUAUGUAUCUCCUCUUAAAGGGAUAGUUCCCCUACUCUAACCUCCAGUUAACCUCUCUCUUAUCUUAGAUGGAUCCUCCUGCAGAUCUGCCCCUAAGUCACACCAGUCCCAUUUGUCAAAGUGGUUAUUAUACAAUACUGUAUUAUGUGUCUGAGCCACGGCCCACAGGGCAGCCAGGUCAGAUUCUCUGUCAGAUAGGGAGGGAGACUGCUAUAGAG